AUGGACAGCGGACCCGCGGACCUCGGCGGUCAUGCGACAUCAAACGACUUGGGACAUGACGCUGAAGAACACAUUGCUCGAGAGAUAGCUAUGCAUCAUCGGGAGAUCCAGAAGCUGAGAAAGCGGUUGAACUCGCAUCGCACUGCUUGCAGGCUUCCGGUCGAGAUCCUAACGAACAUCUUCGAGGAAGUCCGACUCACUACCCAGACUUUGGACUACAGCCCGUUACAGGACCCUGAUCCCUACGAGUGGAUUGUCGUCACUCAUGUAUGUUCCCUUUGGCGCGAUGUUGCUCUUCGGUCGCCCGCGCUAUGGCGACAUAUAUAUGUGACCGAGACUGCCAUGGAAUGGAUAACAGAAAUUCUUAGCCGUUCCAAAGACAUCCCCUUGGUGGUUGUAGCUCGCUAUGUUCCCGACUCAGCAAUACCACGCCAGAUGGUCGCUGUCGUACUACAGAAGAUGUUUCGGAUAGGGAUCCUUCGCAUUUCGGCUCCAAUGGAUGUAUUGAAGAACAUCGCACAACUCAUUGACGGGUCAGCACCUGUCCUGCAGCAUAUUAUAAUUACGUGUAACAGCACUUGGCACGAACCAGUCAGUUUUGGCCUUCUACUCAAUCCCGAACAGUUGCCGGUUCUACAACGACUCGAAUUAGAUGACAUCUCGUUUCCUUGGGGCACACCUCUUCCCCACACGGUGCGCGAACUUACUUCCCGUGUUCGUGAAACGACUUUGGGCGACAUGCUGCGGACAUUGAAUACAGUCCCCGGUCUGGAAGUACUCAGCCUUUCGAGCAACCCAUUUUCGCUCAGUGACAAUCGAGAAGAUCAUACAAUAGUCCCUCUCCCGCGCCUCCGGCUGCUGUGUUUCUCAGAGGGCGAUAUAUCUCAUGUCGCGAGCCUAGUCGAUCAUAUCUCGUUUCCUUUGCAAACGAGCAUCGAGUGGACGUGUCCUUACGCGUUCGGUGACGAACAACCGUUCGCUACUCUAGCGGCGAAGUUGUUCACACGUACACAAUGGAAAGCCUUGCACAUUAGUUCAGAGUUGUGGCGAAUCAUGAUCAGGGCCUCCAGUGACGCCGAACAGCUUGACUGGUGUCGCGGCUAUGUCGGAUCAUCGAGCACGCUGGAUUUCAGUUACGCAUCUGAUCUACAAUCCCUUCCGGCACGCGAAUUGGUCGCUACGUUCUGCAAGGCCGUCCCGCUCAUCUACGUUCGCACGCUGGAGAUGUCAUGUGGGUUCGAUGACCUAGGCUGGAUGGAGUUGUUUGGUGAUCUGCCAAACCUUUCCAGUCUGCAUGUGGUUGGUGGCAUGGCGCUGACCCUACCACGGGCUCUCCGGACUCGCCUUCGAGACGAUGGCGAUGGCGAUGUCCUUUACUUCGCACACGAUCUCCGCACACUGACUUUCAGUGAGGUUGAUUUUAUGGCCCCGGCGAUCUCUUUCGGUCCGAUUACAUCGUGCGGCCCGUUGAAGGAGCUAGAGAUCGCUCUCCAAGAACGGCGCGCACAUGACGUAAAUCUAAAGAAGAUAGCCUUCAGGCACUGUACAAAACUGGGCGAUUAUAACCGUCGACGAUGGGAGCACCUUGCCGAGAAGGUAGAGCAUUACUGCAGCUGGGAAGAAUUCACGGACACUGAUGAGGGUGGCUAUCUCUCGGAGGCGGACAUCCCACAAAUUGACGAGGACGAUGAAGACUUCGACGACUUCGACGAGAACAACCAUAUUCAUGGCGCAUAUUGAAAAAUGGCUCGACUUCUGCACAUGCGCAAGAUCGAUUGAAAGUAUCCACGUUCGAUUUGCUUGUCGAUGGGCCUAUCAAUUGGCACGUUCAUUCUCGCUUUUCGGGACAUCUUAUGACAAUCCUAUUACAAUCUGCGAAACGGAUCUACUGACGCUGCUCUUUUGACAAUCCUACUACAAUCUGCGAAACGGAUAUACUGACGCUGCUCUUUCUGAGACAUUGCUAUCACAAAAUCCUCGCUACCCUCGUAUGAUUCGAAAAUGUAUUUUUACAUGACUUUUGAAGACGCCAUGGCGUUG